AUGAUUUUUUCUAAGAUAGCCUUAUCCAUCGUCUUUUUUCUAUUGCUAUUGUCGAUAUUUAUGGCAAGCUUCUUAAAUAUUAUAGCUACAGAUCACAACUUUUACAACGGAGAUAAGAAUGAAAGAGAAAAUUACACAAAAUAUUUGGGAGACAAGUAUGGUCCUAUCACUGAUUCAUCCAAAAAUUUAAUGUGGUUUUUACAGAUAUCGGACAUUCAUAUCAGUAUAUUCCGAGACCCAGGAAGAAUAUCACAAUUCCAACAGUUCUGUGACAAUACUGUGAAGACGAUUAAGCCUCUUAUUGUAUUGGCCACCGGUGAUUUAACUGACGCCAAGGCAAAGGAUAACUUGGGCAGUUCACAGUUUAAGACCGAGUGGGUGUAUUAUCACAAUAUUAUAAAAGAAUCAGGAGUGACCGAACAUACUACAUGGUUGGAUAUUAGAGGAAAUCAUGACAAUUUCAACAUCGGAGCCAUUAAUGCUAAAGAGAACUAUUUCCGGAAUUACUCAGUUCAAGGGGCGACUUACCCGAAAUCUUAUGUUCAUAUUGUGAAACAUAAUGGUAUUUCGACCGCGUUUUUAGGCAUUGACGCAUGUCCCGAUCCGGGAUUACGUAGGCCUUUCAAUUUUAUAGGCAUGCUGGAUAUCCAAGAACAACAAAAUAUACAGAAGCUAAAAUUAGAAGCAGAAAGCCAAGCUGAUCAUAUUAUAUGGUUUGGGCAUUAUCCAACCUCGUGUAUAUUGUCAUUGGAAUGGGAUUCACAGAGAAUGGACGUACGGCAGCUGAUGGGAAGCGCCAGAGGAUCACAGGCUUAUGUGUGUGGACACUUGCAUGCUAUGGGUGGGCUAGUACCAAGAAUGUACACCAAACAGAAGAAAGGUUAUUUGGAACUGGAGUUAAGCGACUGGAAAGAUAACAGGAUGUAUCGCAUAGCAGCCAUAGAUCAUGGCUUAUUCUCGUUCGUUGAUGUCAAACACAGCAAUUGGCCGUCAGUAUUGGUGACGAAUCCAAAACACGCUAGAUAUACGCUGCCAGGGCGAGAACCGCUACAUCUUAUACCGGAAUCUACACACAUUAGAAUAUUGGCUUUUAGUGACGUUAAAAUUAACCAUGUGAAUAUAUCCUUUGACAAAAUAAGCUGGAUGAAAUGCAAGGAAACCGACGGUCCGCUAUAUGUAUGCCAGUGGUUGCCUCAUUUGUUUAAAAUUGGUAUAAAUAAUUUAUACGUGGCUGCUACUGAUGAGAUAGGAAGAGAAACAUUCAUAGAACACCCAUUCUCAUUAGAUGGCAGUCCUAUGAAGUUUGAAAUCACUGCUAGGAUUCUGUUAAUGAUAGAUGCUGGGAAAGUGUUUCAGGCAGUUUUUGGAACUUUAUUGCUCCUGAAUGUUCUGCCGCUGGUAAUCCUAAGAUUGCAAAAACGACCUCCGAAAUAUAGAAGGAAAUGUGGUAGACAAAUCUUAAAACGAGUUUGGCUGUUGAGUAAAGUCGAUAGGAUAUUUUACCCUCUCGUAUUAUAUGCGAUAUAUAUACCAUUUGGUCCAUGGGCUGUAGGAGAACUAGUAGAUGGGUCUAUUGGGGCUAUUUUCGCUUGGGGCAUAUUAAUAAAAGGGGCAUUUUUACCUGAACCCUUCACCUACAUGUAUGGUAGUGUGCAAUUAGUAUUUGUGCAGAUACCCUUAAUAUUCGUACUAGCCCAUUGUUUGGAAACAAAACUUUUAAAUCCCAACAUAAGAGGUUUAAAACGUCUCUUUAAGAAUUUACCAUUUAUAUUCCUGUUCUCGAUUCAGCUAUUGCUGGCAUACUUCUUUUGGUUAGAGUAUGGAACGAUUUCAUUUCUGUUCGGACCUCUAAGAACGUGGAGCGUUGUAUUGAGUUUGCUGCUUUGGUACAAAACUUUGACUUUGCCACCUGAAUACUACAGGUAUUUGUCCAAAUUGAGCGAGAUGCCGUCUUAG